CAUGUCUAAGUACCAAUGUCUAUUUAUCAAUAUAAUAAUGUCACCCACUACAUCUCUUUCCUUUUUCCAAAGUCACUUUCUUCUUCUUCUCCAUAUAAAGAGCCUCCAAAGACUAGAGAUAGAGACCAUCAUACUCAUCAAAACCUCUCUCUUUCUGAUCAUUUUUCUUUCUUUCUCUCGGCUAAAAUGGGUUCAAAACAUGAAACUAUGGGAGUUACAAACACAUGGGGUUUGGCAGUAGUAGCAGUACUAGUAGUGUUGAAUAACAUAGGGUUUGUGAGGUCAACGAGUCUUGACGAGGACCGAGCACAGUGCGCGGACAAGCUUGUUGGGCUGGCUACGUGCCUGCCGUACGUGGGCGGAGAGGCCAAGAGUCCGACGUUGGACUGCUGCAGUGGGCUGAAGACGGUGGUGGAGAAGAGCAAGAAGUGCCUUUGUGUUCUGCUCAAAGACCGCAAUGAUCCCAACCUUGGCAUCAACCUCAACUCCACUCUUGCUUUACAACUCCCCACUUCCUGCCACGUCCCCACCAACAUAUCUAAGUGUGUUGAACUCUUGCAUUUGGCACCCAAUUCUUCUGAUGCAAAGAUGUUUGAAGGAUAUGCAAAUAGCCAUGGGAAAAGCAGUAGUGGCUCUUUGGCUCCAAUUUCAAGUGAAAAUUCUACAAGCAAUGGGAGCACAAUUGGAAAUGACAAAAGUGAAAGUGGGAAAGGAAAAGGAUUGAUGGGAAUGGAGAUAAUUAUGGGAACUAUCCUAUUUUUCUGUCCACAUUUAGUUCUUUACAUUUGAUAUAUAUAUAUAUAUAUAAAUAUUUAUAUAUAUAUAUUUAUCUAAUUUACACUUUAAUUGUUUUGUUCCUUUUAUGGCUUUUGGUGAUAUGAUUUUGUAAGAGAUGUAUAUUUUUGUAGCAUUUACCUGAAUAUACUUAUUUAUUUGGGGAAAAUGUUUUAAUUAAUUAAUUAAAAUCAAGUUUGUUUGUUUGUAUUGUA